GGGGACGCGCGGACCCCACCCCGUCUCGGCGGGUCCGCGCUGCGUGUGACCGGCACCUGCAGCUGCGGUCCCGCGGUUCACGUAAUGUUUCGCCCCAAAGUGAAACCAGUGCGGACGGCAGCCUCCGAGCGUGCGUUCGCGGCGGCCCGCGGGGCGCGUGCUCAGCCGGAGACCUGAGCGCCCGCCCGGGGCGGAGCCGGCAGGGCGAGGCCGGGGGCGUCCGGGGGAAGGGCCCCUGGGGGGCGGGGGCGGGCCGGGAGCGGAGCCAGGGGCCAUGGCAGCACCCGCGGACCCAAGGCGGCUGUGCCGGCUGGUGCAGGAAGGCCGGCUGUGUGCCCUGCGGGAGGAGCUGCGGGCUGCGGGGCGCGCCGGCUGCGCGGGGCCGGCCAGGGACACCCUCUUGCAUUGCGCCGCGCGCCACGGCCGCCGGGAAAUCCUGGCCUAUCUAGUCGAGGCCUGGGACCUGGACAUCGAGGCCGCCAACCGAGACUACAAGCGGCCUCUGCACGAGGCUGCCUCCAUGGGCCACCGGGACUGCGUGCGGUACCUGCUGGGCCGAGGGGCCGCGGUCGACUGCCUGAAGAAGGCCGACUGGACUCCUCUGAUGAUGGCUUGCACAAGGAGGAAUCUUGAGGUGGUCCAGGACCUCGUGGAGCACGGCGCCAAUCCACUCCUGAAGAACAAAGACGGCUGGAACAGUUUCCACAUUGCCAGCCGAGAAGGCGACCCUCUGAUCCUCCAGUACCUGCUCGCUGUUUGCCCAGCUGCCUGGAAGACAGAGAGCAAGAUCGGGAGAACCCCGCUGCACACAGCAGCAAUGCAUGGCUGUUCAGAGGCAGUAGAGAUGCUUCUUCAGAGGUGCCAGUAUGAACCGGACUGCAGAGACAAGUGUGGCCUCACACCCUUCAUGGACGCCAUUCAGUGUGGACACAUCGACGUAGCCAGGCUGCUCCUCGAAAAACACAAGGCUUGCGUUUCUGCUGAGGACUCCCUGGGGGCCCAGGCCAUCCACCAGGCAGCAGUCACUGGGCAGGAUGAGGCCAUCCAAUUCCUGGUCUCUGAGCUUGGCAUCAACGUAGAUGUGCGAGCAGCCUCCACCCACCUCACAGCACUUCACUACGCAGCUAAGAAACCUGCCUUGGGCUUCCCUGGUGGCGCAGUGGUUGAGAAUCUGCCUGCUAAUGCAGGGGACACGGGUUCGAGCCCUGGUCUGGGAAGGUCCCACAUGCCGCGGAGUAACUAGGCCCGUGAGCCACAAUUACUGAGCCUGUGCGUCUGGAGCCUGUGCUCUGCAACAAGAGAGGCCGCGAUAGUGAGAGGCCCGCGCACCGCGAUGAAGAGUGGCCCCCACUUGCCUCAACUAGAGGAAGCCCUCGCACAGAAAUGAAGACCCAACACAGCCAUAAAUAAAUAAAAAUUAAAAAAAAAAAAAAAAAGUAGUGUAUUGUUUAAAAAAAAAAAAAGGAAACCUGCCUUUAUUUGUUUCUGGGUAAAAACUGAGAAGAGCCCUUUACUCCAUGUAAUGCCUGGGCUUUAUGUUCCCUCCUGCCCUUUUUUGUUUUCAGGAAUAAUGUUAUUUGAAGCUGUAAAAAUCCAUUGUAUGAAAUUCCUAGUUCCUUAUCCUUUUACUGGAUUUCAGAAGAUUUCUUUAAGUAAGAAAAGGGAAUUGCAUUUACUGGGCUCUCUGAUGUAUGAAAUAUUGAAGACACACAAAAGUUUUCGCUAGAAAAAUAGCCACUAUCUUUAAUAUUAUCGGCCGCCUGCCUUUACUUGUUUUUCUAGCAACAGGAUUAAACAUUUUUCUGGUGAACUGCACUCUCCUGCCUGUGUUUCCCCUUUGAGAACAUGGGUAAACAGUUGAGGGUGGGCUAAGGGCAUGGUCUGUGGCCACGGGGAUAAAAGCGAGUGGGAAGAUUGAACCUGCAGCCUUGGUUUCAGUCUCAGCAGGUACUGACAGGCUAACUGGCUGGACAAAGGUAUAUCGAUUGCUUCACAAAGGACAAUGCCAGUUAUGAUAAGAAUCCCAUCCAGGGGAGGUUACACUCUUUUCCAGCUUAUUUCUCCCCUAAAGAUUUAGCAAAGAGUGUGUUUGCUUGGGAGAUUUAGAAUUGUGUUUUCUGAGUAAAUCACAAGAUUUAUACUCCUUACACUGAGGGAAACCCAACCAUAGUGGUCAGUGAUUUGGCUACAAAAUUGAUUAUCUGUAUUCUAAUAACUAAACGUCACCUACAUCUUUAAUGAUUUAUGCUGAAUUUCGAGAGUAAUGUGACGAGCCUUCCUUUAGAUACGAAAAUUCAGUUUCAGCAGUCGAGUAUUUUAGAAAAAGCACCUAAUGUGCAUUAGAGUUU